AUGGAGGUAGUACCUGGUAAAAAUGGAUCUCCUCCUUCUGGGGUAGUAACAAUUUCUGGGGUACAGUAUUUUGGAAGGACUUAUUUCGAUCGGGCUUCCCCUAGUCUAGUGUUCCGAAAGGAUUCCAUUUUUGCUAGGAAGGAUCUCUCACUCUCUGGGUCGGGCUUCUCUUCCCUGCAACUUUUUCUUGGCAAUCCUUCCUCCUCGCAGGCUCGCCCACACCACACCAUCCACCGCCUCCGCCUCCGCCUUCACCCCCCGCUCCGGAAAGGCGCGGCUGCUGGUCUCUCUAGGGUUCGUCGGCCCGGCGCGGGGGACCCGUGCUUCUGCUUCCGCUUCCGCUUCCGCACCGAGAGUAUGGCUGGAAGGCACACCAUUGUUCUCGUGCAACCAUCUCCAAACAAAGCGUCCAGAACUUUUAUGGACUUCAGUUCACUCAACCAAGCACUGGACGGUAUCUGUGCUCGUUAUGAAAAGAAAAUCAUGGAUAUCAACCCGAUGGCCAGGAACUUCACUUAUGACAUCACCGACCUGUACAAUUUCAUCGAUGGACUAGCGGACAUCAGUGCCCUAGUGUAUGAUCAUCAACUUCAAGCUUUUCUGCCGUACGACAGGCAGUGGAUAAAACAGAAGAUGUUCCAGCACCUCAAGAACCAGGCACGGCAGUAG